AAAGAAAACAAUGUUUCUUGUAAUCCUCCAUGUGAAAAUGGUGGUAUUUGUCGACCUGGUAAUCUUUGUGAAUGUACACGUGGCUAUGAGGGUAUACAAUGUGAUUUAGACAUUGAUGAAUGUGUACGUCUUAGACCAUGUGAUCCAGAUUAUGGAAUUUGUGAAAAUACACCUGGAGGUUUUCAUUGUCAAUGUGUACCUGGUUAUCAGCUUAUGUAUGAUGGAAAACAUUGUAUUGAUAAUGAACAAGCAAGAAAACAUUCACAUUUAGUAUUUCGUGGCCGAGGUACAAAAGGAGUAUCAGUGGCUACACGUUUAACAGAUUCAGCACAGAUAAAUCAAACCAAAUAUUACCCACGCAAAUUGAAUAAACGUAGUAUUCAACGUGUAAUCAAAUACUCAUUAAAAUCAAGUAAUCUUAUUGAUUCUCGUAAACGUAAACAAUUUCAAGACAGAAAACAACAACCACUAUUGUCAUCUAGGUACCAUUUGAAAAAAUUAUCACAAAAAGGUGAUCCAGAUGUUCUUAGGCCUUAAAAUGUUUAAAAAUAUUAUACUACUGACAUACUUAUUACAAUUAUUGUUUUUAGGACGUUAUUAUUAUUAUUACUAUUACCACUAACAAAAAUACAAUAUACAAUAUUUAGCCAUAAAUUCUAUUUAUGUGUUCAUUUUAAUUUAUUUUUUAAAUGUUUAUACAGUAUGUUUUUUUCAAUUUUCGCGGCUUCGAAAAUAUUGAACGAUUGAUUAAAACAAGAGAUAAACUGAAAGUUUGUAUAUUUUACCUGAUGGAC